AUGAGUAAAGACGGCUCAAAACAAUACGAUGAUUUCAUCGAUGCAUAUGAUAAGAUUUUCCACGUGAAGAGUGUGGAAACAAUCAAAGACACUUAUAAUUUGAUAACAGAUGUUUUAAUAAACAAGUACAAAAUGAGUACAUACGAUAUCCUUGUUAGCAUAGUCAAGGCAGUUAGAUACAACUAUCGUUCUUUUUUGAUUUAUUGUGCUAUUCUUCAUGAUUUCUUAAUUAAAAACCCAAUUACUGACAAAGAAGCUAAUAAACUAACAGCUAUGGCAAGCUAUAAUUUUCUGAGUUUCACUAAGGACGAUGAUGAUGUGUACCAGCUGGAAGUCAGAUAUAGCCUUGAUAGUAUUUAUCCACUAGAUGAUACUGUUGAAUCUUUUAUUAUGGAUGACCAAAUUGAUCGAUUCAAAGAAUAUGUUUCCAAUAAUUCUUUGGAUCGCAUACGUGUCCUUAUUUCUGAUGAUGAGCAACUUACUCCAAUUGAAGCAUGCGCAUACUUUGGAUCUGUAAAUAUUUUCACUUUCCUUACUACAAAUUUACAUCACAAAAUCUCUCCACGAUGCCUUCAAUACUCAUUAAUAGGUGGAAACACAGAAUUAUUAAUGAAUGCAUGA